AUGUUACUUCUCCAUGUGCCGGGUGCAACCAGUUUUCAAUCAUUGCGCACAGUCAAUAAUGUACACUAUGAAACCUUUAAAGCCACUGCUUUUGCACGCUGCCUUCUUGCAUCCGAUGAAGAAUGGCAUCACUGCUUAACAGACGAAGCCACCUACCUCAUGCCAAAACAGUUACGCGAAAUGUUCUCAUACAUCUGCUGCUUUUGUCAGCCUACUCACCCAAUACGACUGUGCGAAGAUCACCUACUUGAUCUAACUCUUGACUUUCUUAAACACAAUUCUCAAAACAUUUCACAAAACAAAGCACUACACGAAAUUAACACAGUCUUAAAACAACAUGGACUUUCCUGUACACUACUUGGUUUGCCUAAUCCACAGGGUCACCCACCACCAGAACACAUGUAUAAUAUCACAGAUGAGGCUCAGGAAGCUAUGACACGCCUUGCAAUGCUCAACCCACAACAGUUACAUGCUUUCAACACAAUUAUCACGGCUGUGGAUAACAGCCAUGUUACCAACCAUGCAUUUUAUCUGGAUGGACCUGGUGGGUCUGGCAAAACCUUCCUCUACACCACACUCAUAGCAUACAUACGAGGAAAGGGGAAAACAGUAUUGCCAUUUGCAACCACUGGAAUUGCCGCUACCUUACUCAAAGGAGGACGAACUGUUCACAGUGGAUUCAAACUUCCUGUACCACUGCUUGAUACCACCGUUUCUUCCCUCCGCCUAACUUCACCGGAAGCAGAUCUAUUACGUCAAGCUACCCUCAUCAUUAUUGAUGAAAUUACUAUGCUUCCCAAACAUGGACUACGCUGUAUUGACACACUGUUACGUGACAUCAUGAACAUAAACACACCAUUUGGAAACAAAGUUAUCGUCUUAGGAGGAGAUUUCCGCCAAACACUUCCAGUUGUUCCAAGAGGCACCCAAACUGAUAUUCUUGAAUGCUGCAUUAAAGCAAGCCACCUGUGGAAACUUUUCACUCAUCUCACUCUUACAACCAACAUGCGCACAGAGGGAGAGGAGGCACACAAUACAUGGCUUCUACACGUUGGAAUGGGAAGCCUGCCACCAAACCCCCAUUUUAAUGACAAUACCACCAUUCAAAUCCCACCACAUAUGAUCACCCACGACGAUCUUAUUGAAACAAUUUUUAAUCAUGUACACGACAUGUCACAGGAUUCCCUUGCAAAACGAGUCAUUGUUGCACCCACAAAUGCACACACACUAGACAUGAAUAGAAAAAUCAUUGAUUUAAUACCAGGAAAUCCAACAAUUUAUUACAGUGCCGACUCUGUGGACACGGAAGAUCCAAACGACACUUUGACCUUCCCCCUAGAAUUUCUACACAACCAAACACCCUCAGGAAUGCCUCCACAUGUCCUGCUUUUAAAAAAAGGUGUCAUUAUCAUGCUUUUACGCAACCUUAACCCACAAAAGGGACUGUGUAACGGCACACGAUUAAUCAUAGAAGACCUGGCACACCACUUCAUAAAAUGCCGCAUUCUUUCUGAGUGCAACCACGGGGACGAAGUCUUUAUUCCACGCAUUGAUUUGGCAACAAGUGAUACAACAUUACCAUUUAUAUUACGCCGUAGACAGUUUCCAAUCACUCCAGCUUACGCUAUAACCAUCAACAAAUCACAAGGCCAAACUUUUGAUCACGUUGGCAUUUGUCUACAAACAUCCGUCUUCUCACAUGGCCAACUGUACGUUGCAUUAUCACGCUCAAGAAAAGCACAUCACGUCAAAGUACACAUUACACCAACUGAACAACAAGGACAGCUCCUUGGUGACACCCAACACUUUACUAAAAAUGUAGUUUUCACACAAAUUUUUCACAUGUAA